AAUACACGUUUUAAUUGUUGAAAUUCUUGUACCAUACGUUGCUUACAUUUUUUUCAACUGCUGUUCCGAACAGAUAUAAUUCCGAAUUAAUUGAUAGUCAUGCUCAUAAAUGUUUAAAAAUGUAGAUAGUAUUCUUCAAGUGUGAAGAAAUUAAUUAGUAGAUUAUAUAACAAAGUUGAUUAAGCACAAUCGUUAGUCGGUGCAUAAUCUAAAUUAAAAAUUAAUUUUAUAUUAUAAAUAUACUAAGAAUUAUAUUUCUCUAAGAAACAAUAUGAUUGUUAAUUAUUUGUUGAAGUUAAUCUGUGUUUAAACUAAGUAUCAGUUUUAUUAACAGUAUAUAAUACGGAGUGUAGCAGACCAUCUGUACUAUGUAUUUUAUUUUUCUCGGCAAUGGAAGUUGCCGAGUCAGGUUAAAGAUUUUCGUUGUCAAAGUCAAUCUGAAUCAUCUGUAUCAAUAAUGGCAUUUUAGUUCUUCAGAAAUAGAGCAUUGUUGGGUCAAGUUUGAAAUUUUAAACACGAACAUAGGUUGAGUAAGGGUACAUUCCGUUCAAGCAUAAUGAUGUCAUUCAUCCUUGUUUAACGUUUAACAAACAACAAGGAUGACCGAUGAACCAUGCGCAUCAUGCGUGAAACGAAACUCGCUCUAAAGUAUUGUUGACUAAAGUUUUAAGAAGACAAAUAACUUUUGCUUAAAUCUCUUUUCAAAUCACUUACGGUUUUCGAGAAAAAUAAGGAAAUGUUAGAUUAUGAGUAAAAUACCGAGUAGGAACGCAACAUAAAUGCAUGUAUACAAAAUUUUUGAUAUUUAUUAAGCACAUGUUUGCCUUUCUUCUUAAAACGCGCUUUUGUUGAUUAAUUGUGUAUCGUCAAACAUUCUUAUGGAUAAUGAUCUGAUCCUAUCCCAGUAAAAAAUUUUCCUAGAACUUUUAUAUGAAUUGAAACUUUUCAGAAAUUUUGUUAGAGAAUUUUUUACAUUGUUUCUCAGAAUUUUUUUACGCGAAAUUUCGAGAAAAUUUUCAAGGAUAAAAAUCUGUCGGACACAGAUGAAUAUAAACAUGGAUCUCGAAAGUCAAGAAUUAUUACCUAAUUUUUUAUCUAUUUUAUUUUAAGAAAAUUUUUGUUAUUUCGCAAUUGUACGUUUAUAAUUGGUUUUAAUAAUAAUAUAAGGCAAUUCUUUCUCAAGUAAUGUUUUAUUCAUAUAAAUUACAAAUGUAAUUCGACUUAUGAUCAAUUCAAUUUACGAAAUCUUGACGGAAACUCCCUUUUGGAGGGCUACCCGUACUCCAGAAACGAAUUUACAUUGUUGAGUGAUUGCCGCUCAAGCGUGAUAAUGCCGCGCGCGUAUGUAUGCGCACGUACACAUGCUCAAACACAUGUGUACGUAUGUAAUGGCGCAUGUCAGAUCGCGUUUGCCGCUAUCAGCUCGUCUGCCCGUAGGACAGAUAUCUCUCGCGCGGUUUUGAGAUGAGCUGUCCGCGGAAAUAGGCGUUCGGGUGCCAGAAGUGCCGCCGUCGCUGUCGCGCCACCGGUGUCGUAAGGAUGGCGGAAUCGAGUGGGCCGAUCCUUCACGUCAUCGUCGUUGGGUUUCAUCACAAGAAAGGCUGUCAGGUAGAAUACUCGUUUCCGCCUCUGGUGCCUGGCGCGCCCAACGAGUGCCCGUUGGGAUGGAAGUAUCUGCCCACCCUCGCUCUGCCCGACGGCUCACACAACUACGACGAGGACACCGUCUAUUUCCACCUGCCUAGUCUGAACGAUCCGAAACGCACGAUAUAUGGCAUCUCGUGCUUCCGUCAGAUUCCCGUGGAGAAACUGAAGAAUCGCACGUCCGAUAUAACGAGAGGCACCGUUCAAAAGUCAGUCUGCGUGCUAAGUACGCUGCCUCUGUAUGGGCACAUUCAAGUGAAAAUGGCCCUGAUAACGCAUGCAUACUUUGAGGAGGGGGAUUUCAGCAAAGUGUCCUUACUAGAGGAUACUUAUCAUCAUCUUAAUUCGUGUAUGAGCGCCGAGAGUCAGAUACCGCCGCAAAUCUUUGUUGGUUUAUCUGCGAGAGACUUUAUUUUGCAAUUCCGUCACAAAGUAUUACUGUUAUUCAAAUUACUUCUGCUUGAGAAGAGAGUAGUUUUUUAUCAAUCACCAGUGCAGCCACUGUGUGCCACAAUAUUGACCCUACUGUCGCUGUUUCCAGACAUGAUUGAACAUGGUCUCCAGCAAGCGGCUUGUGUGAGACCAUCCAGGCCGAUGUCUCCUAUUCCAACUUUCGACGAGGAGGAUAUCCCGACGAAUAACGUCGACGAUUCCAAUCUGUCGUCAGUCUGUACCGUGAAAGACGUGUCGAACGCGACGAGUGACGAGCAGUGCAACGACAACAGAAACUCGGUAUGCAUCAAUGACAACAAGACCAUGGAGUCGAUGGAAGGCAAAUGCCUGGACGGAUUACAGCACAUGACUUUGCAGAAGAAUAACAAUGACAAUGAAACUCUGAACAUGAAGGUUAUCGAGAUAGAAUCGGCGCAUGAGUGCACCGAGUCCUAUCUGGAGGAGAGCAAUUCCAAGUACUCGCCGAAGCCGAACGACAACGUGCACAGGGUACACAGUGUAAACGCUAUCACGUUAAGCACAGGCGACGCGGAUAACGGUUUACCACGUGAUACGAGUAGCGACGCGCUUUCCGACGCGAGAUUAAUGAAUAGCAUUACGCAAAUCGCGCAUAUCAAUCCAGAAUUGUGCGGCUUACCUUUGGACCUGUUUACGAAGGGAUAUCUUUGUCUACCUUACCUGUCUUUACCCUACUUGGAUCUCUUGGGGGACAUUAAUGUCAGAGGAUAUAUAGUAGGCGCUACGAACGUGUUGUUUAAACAAAAGAAACAGCUCAUUGAUGUGCUAAUUGAGGUCGAAAAUACGCGGAUUGAGGCGACUGAUCCCGAACUGAGACGGCAGCUGCAUCUCACCACCGAGGACUUGAGGUUCGCUGAUUAUGUCGUGAGGCAUGUGGCCGAGCCUCGGAAGGACAUUUUUUUGGAUGGUGUUGGAUGGGAGGGCGGCGACGAGUGGAUUAGAACGCAGUUUCGGGUAUACCUGUUGAGCAUGCUGCGCACCUCUAUGCAGCAGGAUACUCGUCAGUCGGACCACUACAAUGCGGCAUUCAUGUCCGCAUGGCGCACUACGAAUAAUUACAAAAUGUGGUGUAGCACGAGUAAACCGGAGAUACUCAACAUCGAACCCGGCCAUCCCUUUGCUGGUCAGCUGUCAGUGCAAGAUAUGAAAUUACGCUUGUCGCACACAAUGCAAAAUACAGAAGGCGGCAGAAAGUUGAAUCAAGCGAUGGCGACGACUGGACGCGCAGUGGCCACCACUGGGAAAGCCGUGGGGGGAGCGUUGUCGCAAGCGAAAGGGGCAUUCUCAAACUGGUGGAGCACGCUGACGACAGUUCAGCCGGUUGAUGAGGCAAAGAUUGACAAUCAAACGACAAACAACCAUCACACGUCCAGCGUCACGGAUAAAGAAUCCGUCGAAGACGAGGAAAUGAAUAUCUCCACCGCCAAUAAUGCGGAUCUCACUGUAGACCUUGACUAAUACGAAAAUAUAGAAGCCAGAGACAAACAGAAAGAACACUCACGACAAUGAAAGUUAAAAACACGGACAAGGAGCAUAAUAGAAAAACAUAUAAAACUCCGAAACGAAGAGUUUCUUGCGAAAUUUGUGUGGCACGUGCUUGUCGAACGGCCGAACUUUUUUAAAACACUUCAGUUUUAGCGUGAGAAGGUACGAAGAAAUUAAAACCACGUACGUACAACAGACUACAAUUAAUGUGAUACACAGCUUCGCGAAGAGAUUUUUUUUUAGGCCGCCGGGCAAACGCUGCAGGAAUCAAGUCGAUAUAUCGCUAAUUUAAGUACAAGUUUUUGUAGCUUUCAUCACGCGAAUAUUCUGUAUAUAUAAUUUCUAUAUAGUUUAUAUAUUUGUAAAAUAUGUGAUAUAAUUUUGUUAUAUACAAAAAGACGUAAUUAUCGCCAGUAAUCUCCAACUUCAGUGUUGAAUUCAAUCAAGCGACGCUCUGUAAAAAUGUCAAUUUUGAACUCUAAAUAAUAGAGCGUUUUUUUUUUCAGUCGUAAAUUUAACUGCUCUCAAAGGCUAUAUACAUAUGUACUACGUAUGGUAAUAUUGUUUUAUACAUAGAGAUAUUUUCUGGCUUAAGAAGUACCUGUAUCCUUUGUACAUAAAAAUGUAGCGUAUUUACGUCACGUAUUAUUGUUAUAAUUUCUCGGCGCGAGCUUCAUAUAUUAUUUAAUACGAAAUCUCAAUUUACCGCUCGGAUGGAGGAAGAGGUAUCCUCUCCUUUGGACGCGCAAAGGAAACGCAAGAGGAGAGUGGCAUGUUUGACACUUAUGCCACGUCGCACGUUAUCGAUCGUGGCAAAUUUCCGUCUGCGGGGUUUCAACUAUUUUGUAUUUGUCGCGAAUAGAUGGAUUUGCAUGUAGAGGAUGAUGCGCGGAAAGUUCGAAACUGGGACAGCCGAUAUCCGACGUAACAAGACGUAAACAUUGUACAUUGUUCCAUAAUUCAUUUCACUAAGGCUAAUCCUGUUAUUGACAAUAUUGCUACCUCCAUUUAUUGUCGAGAUUACACCGUACGUAUUAGUUUCCGUAUACAACACGACGAUCCCUUGCAAUUCAAUGGAUCGGCAAAUCACGAGAGAUUUAAAUCACGAUAGAUAGUUGUUAAGCUGACUGUAUCCUUAUAGCCUUCGGAAUAAACUGUUAACUUUAUUGUCAAGAUCGUGGACGAUCAUUCGUGGAACGAAGAGCUGCCGUUAAAUCGUAGCAAGAAUUCCGAUUCAAUUAAGCUUAGAGCACACGUGUAGAUCAUUUAUAUAUAGCGCUACUAGCGUAGUCAUUAUGGUAACAUACGUAUAUUUCAUUAAAGUAAGAAGGUUCUUCUCUGUCACAAUAUUUGUAGAAUUACACGGAAAAAAAAACGUUUCGUUAGUAGUAUCCUUAAUUUACGAUUCGAUCCUCUUUUGUAGAGCUUAAUCGUACUUAAUACUCUCUAUUUUUACACCACCUUUAUGUUUAAAUAAGUGAAUCUCAAACGGCCACAUUUGGCGCUAAAUAACGAUUUUCGUUACAGACAUAGAAUCGAUCCGCAAAAUUUUAUCGUAAGUCUUAUCUUAAGCCGUUACUUAAUUGAAGGCGAUAUACACGUAGAAAUUAUGCGAAAGCUGUUUAUUUUGAAAGCGAUUGAGAAUAUCUAAUCUCAGUGGCAAAUUUUAUCUCGUUUAAAUUUGUGCUCUCGCACGCGUACUCACACACACAAAACUACCACCGUUUUCAGAAUAAAUUGUUCACUCUUGCCAGUCUAGUUUAUUAAGUAUUAUUGUAAGUACGUCUUUGUGAUAUUUAGUUUAUCUUGUUAUCUUUGAAUUAAAUUCCCUGGAGAUCCAGUUUUAGGGUAUGUCUUUAUUUAUAUAAAUAAGGUGUGCCAAAUGUGGAACGUGUACAUUUUUAGAAAAAGUAUAUUGAUGUAUCGGGCGAAGUGUAUUUCACAGUUGAACGGCGCGACGCAGAUGCAGACGAAACGACCAAGCUCUGCUAACAAACGAAAUCGGCGCUGGACGUUUAAUAAUAUUAUUAAACGUUUAUUAAACGUUCAAUAAAAUUAUCGUUAAUAAACAGGCUUUUUUUUAAUUCCUUGUUGAAAAAAAAUUACGUGGAUAAUGAAUUUUGCUCGCGCUACUUUUAAAAUUAUUAAAAAAUUUAAAAAAAUAGGAAAAAAUAGAUGCUUUGUAGAUAUUUUUAUUUAAUGUCACUUAUACAUAACACAUGUACAUACAUUUUAUUUAUUACAAAGUCUAUUUUUCAGCGGCGUCUUUAAAAAAGACUACAAGCUCUUACUUUGUAGCCGUUAAGAUUUUCUGCGAUCGAAUUACGAACGCGUUCAAAGUAUCAGAAACACGAAUUGUAUUUGAUUUAUCCGCUGAUCGAUAGAUAUAUAUGAAAAUAGUUAUAAAAAAAAACAACGAUUUGGUGGUCCUUUUGCACAGCUUUAAAAUUACAUUAAUGUGAGGGGAAGUUAUUUCAGACUCUCCCCUCUCCCUCCCUCCCCUCCUCACGUUGAAUAUAAUUAAAUGUUUUCUAUAUUUAUAAAACGAAAGUUUGUACAGUUAACGAAAAUGUAAGGAGACGGAGCGUGACGAUCUGAGAAAUGACUUAUUGUAAUGUAUUGUAUCCUAAUGAUUGUAGCAUUCACCACAAAAUAUUAAGAAGAAAUGAUAUAUCUAAUUCUGAAUGUGUAAUUCCUUCUUGCGCGAAGAAUGAACGUUAAUCGCGUAUUUAUCAAAUCCGUUUCGUUGAUUAUAGCAUAGUUUUGUUUUAAAUUGCUGUGUAAUUUAUGUGUAAUUCAAAACGCUUAUUUUUUUUUUAAAUCAUUCUUGUUUUAUGUUCAAAUGGACGAUGGGAAGCGUGCCAACGUCUUUAUGAACACGGGGGAGGGGGGGGAUCUAUACGUUCACGUUACGCGUUUGAUUUUCUUAAAUUUAAUAAAUUUAAUUAUCCGUCCGUGUGCGCGGUGUGAACGCACCCUUAAAAUCAUGCCGCGCGUCACGGAGAGGAGCGGAGGAGCGAGCGGGCGGCUAGUGUAGUAGUGUAGGGAAACGAAAGCGAGAACCGGGGAUGAUCUCGCCGCGAGCCGUGACUGGUCGGCCGAUGCGCCGCGCCGAAUAAACAUCGUAGCUCACCGAUAAUAGCCGAAGCGCCGUAAGGUGCCGCUCGGCUUGCGGGAGCGAGACAGAGGCAGAACCCGCAGAACUGAGGCAGAACGAACCGUGUGCUGCGAACGCCAUGGUGUGUGACUGGCAACGUCACAGCCGUCGUCGUCGUCGUUGCCGUCGCCGCCGCCGUCGUCGCCGCUGUUAAAUACACGCGUCGCCGUCGUCGACGCGAGUGCAGGCCGAGAACGACGUCGAGGCGGGACGGGCCGCCGCUUCUUCCCCCCCGAGGCGUCGCGCGCGUGUGUACGGUCGUCGUCGGUCGCGAAUUCGACGCGCGAGAUCGCGGAGACAAACUCGGCGCGAGCGAGCGGCAGAGUGAGUAAAUAAAAAAAAAAAGUGAGAAGGAGAGAGAUAGGAGGAAAACAUAUACGUAAAGGAGCGCGAGUCGCCCUUUUUAAAGUGUCCCGUGUGCGGAACCGCUCCGCCGCCGUCGCCGCUGCGUUCCGUUCCGCUUCGCGCCGCGGUGCGGUGCGGUGCGGUGCAGUGUGUUGUGUUGUGUUGUGUGUGUGUGUUUGUGUGCGCAUACAUACACGUACGAGGCCGCGUGCGCGCGCGCGCGUGUCUCCUCCGUUUCUCCGUAGGUGUGUGUGCGUGUGUGUUUGCGCUUCUGUGUAUCGAGAAGAGAGUGCGUUACGGUUCCUACUUGCGAGAGGUGAGCUUUUUAGUACGAGCACCGUCGUCGGGCGAGCGAGCGAGCGAGAGUGCGGCGCUCGCGCGUUUACCGGCGCCGAUCUAGGAUUUCGCCCGUGUCAUCGUUCCCUGUCGUUGUCGUCGUCGUCGUCGUUGUCGUCGUUGUCGCCGUCGUGGUCCGUGGUCCGUGAUCCGUGUUUCGUGGUAUCGUCGCGCAACGUCGUGUGCAUCGGGUCCCCCCGUCGGUGCCUCUCAGUGUCGACUCAGUUAACGACCCGGUGCAUCGUAAUCGCGGCGUGCCUCCCCGGGUGGCUCGCGCGCGGUGGCCCCCGUCUCGCGAAAGAGUGCGCCAUGCGAGAGAGGGAUAAAUCGGUGACUGGCAGGCGGCGGCCAUCUUCCAGAUGAGUUUUUCCUCCUUUCUUCCGAUAAACGAGGCGCGCGCUAUGCCGUGAGGAAGAAGGACGGAAGGCGAAGGCGCGCGCGCGAGAGAGAGAGAGAGAGAAGAGAAGAGAAGAGAGAAUCGUAAGAGAGAAAGAAAAGAGAGAGAGAGAACGGGAGCACGCGAGACGAAGAAGAGGAAGGAAACAAUUUGUCCGCGUCUAUCCGUCUAUCAUAUGCCGUGACGGGAGAUGCGGUGAACGGCGGUGCGCGCGUGCUGCUCGACCACGAAAUUUCACGCAAACGCGUGUCGCUUUGACCAGCGGCAGCCUUUACUCGUUUCGCGAGCGCGAGAAGGAGAAAAAAGGAGAGAGAGAGAGACCGGAGAACGUAUUAGGAAGUGCGCUGCUCGCCGCUGCCGUCGCCGCGCGUGUAGGAGAGAGAAGGAAGGA